AUAAUUAGGUGUUCGUAUUAGCAAAUCAUACCUCCAAAAAAUGUACGUUCUGUAUGGUGUUCAAUAGAGGGCGCCAGUUAACAUGACGCGCACAGCAAAAGAAAAAGCACAACAUUAUUAGGUCGGCACAAAUUGUGUACGCCUGCGCCCUUGACAUGCUGCUGUCUCGUUAUUUUAAAACAGCUGCACUUGAAAGUGUUAGCAGCUGGAUAUCAACCAGGAAGACUCGAAUAACACAUAUAUAUUUAUAUUCACACAGUCGCCUUCGUGAAGUCUAAUAAUAUGUGAGGAUAUCGGCUGGCCGCGAGCACUGUACACGUCAUGUGCAGCGCGAGCCAAAUCACUUGAAGUUCGCUGGACAUUAUUUCAUUUUCUCAUUCGGCACACGGAGACUCUGUUCUAGAUAGCUCACCGUUUCUGAGAUGAUCAAUUUCUGCAAUGGCGAGGGGUCUGUUUUCGCGGGCCUGGCUGUCAAAGACUUACCACUUUCAGAAAAGUAAAAAUGAAAACUUUAAACUGUUUGACAAAUGGACGACGUACAUGAAUUGACUUCACCUCAUUGCUGACAGUGCCAGAGCUGGUGCUUCCAUGCGAGAAUGCUGACUCUAGUCUGGAAAGCAGUUUCAGCAGAAUGGUUCAUGAAGCUCGCCUGUCCUAUAUUCGAGUAAAGUAUCUCUUUCUCACGUGGCUUGCUGUGUUUGUGGGCAGUUGGGUUGUAUACGUGCAGUACUCAACUUACACUGAACUAUGCAGAGGACGAGAAUGCAAGAGCAUCAUUUGUGAGAAAUACAGCAAAGGCAUUAUUGAUGGCUCUGCCUGUAGUAGCCUGUGUGAAGAAAGCUCACUGUACUUUGGAAGGUGCCUCUCCACCAAGCCAAAUAAUCAGGUCUAUACAGGCAGCUGGGGUGAUCAUGAUGGUGUCAUCAAGUGUCAACUGAGUGACAUUCUGCACUAUGAGCUAGGAGAGGAGCUGGAGCCAAAGAAAGAGGUCGCACUCUUUGACAAACCCACUCGAGGAACCUCUGUAGAGAAGUUCAAAGAGAUGGUUGCCAGUCAUUUGAAGGCAAAAGUUGGAGAGCAAGCCAACCUAUCCAGUUUGGUUAGCCUGAUUCUUUCAGUGGCAGACAGCAAUAAAGAUGGCCACAUCUCUCUACCAGAAGCCAAGUCCACAUGGGCUUUGCUGCAACUCAACGAGGUUCUGCUAGCAGUGGUGCUCCAGGACAGAGAGCACACACCUAGAUUGUUGGGCUUCUGCGGGGAUUUGUAUGUGGUGGAGCGGGUGCCUCACACUCCUCUGUACGGGCUCAGCCUGCCUUGGCCCAUGGAACUUUGGAUUCCUACGGGCAUGCGGAGAAACAUGGACCAGUGGUUCACGCCUUCCUGGCCCCGCAAGGCUAAAAUCUUUAUUGGCUUGCUGGAGCUUAUAGAAGACAUCUUCCAUGGUACCUUUGGGAGUUUCUUAAUGUGCGACAUGAGAGCCAGUACUUUCGGUUACACCGAUCGCCAUGACCUCAGGCUGGUGGAUGGGCGGCGCGUAGUAGCUGAGGAGGCCUUCAAACAGGCCAUGGUCCUUCAGCGCUGUGAGGAUGACGAGGACUGUGUCUACGGUGUGGACUGUAGGACUUCGUGUGACCGUGCAGAACACCGCUGCAUGGCCGAGGUGGCUCAGCCCAACCUGGCCAGGGCUUGCGGAGCACUGAAGGAUUACCUCCUACGAGGAGUUCCGGUCCAUUUACAGGAAGAGCUGGAGAAGCAGCUGUAUGCCUGCAUGGCUCUCAAAGGUUCAGCUGAGCAGAUGGAAAUGGAGCACUCGCUCAUUCUUAACAACCUCAAGACACUGCUAUGGAAACAGAUCUCACACACCAAUGACUCUUGAAGAGAAAUGAAGAUGCACUGCUGACAACAUUCAGAUUCUUGAAUUUCCUCUUGAACACUUCAGGCCAUUGCGAAUCUGGCCGGAGAUUACAAUGCUGGUAGCAAAGUGGCUGGAAAACAGGCUGAUGGCAAUAUUCAUUGCUGCUUUGAUACUUGAGUUCUUUUUUCAUGAUGAAGGUAGAAUUAAAACCAUGAGGAAUUAUUGCUCAGGCUCAAUUUAAGAACUUAAGGAGUAACGUUCACUUCUUAGUUUUGUGUCUUUGUGCUUUGUUGUCACACACAAUUGAUCAGUGAUCAUGUUUAUUUUACACUUCCUUCAGAUGUUAUGAAGGAGCAAAUGACACUAACUUUGCAUCCAUUGUUGGGAUGUUAACAUAGAAAGUCUCCUAUUGUAAUGUAAUGUCCCAUGAGCACAGCAAAAAGAGCCAUAAAAGAGCCAUUUUAAAAUGGGCAUAUUAAUCCAAUGCCUUGUUAUGCAUGUUGCCAGUGAGUGCAUUUUUUAAGUUUGAUGCUUGUGGGUGAAAACGCCUCGUUCCUUGUACUUGGGGAAUUCUUGGAAAUGGUCAGACCAUCUAUGAUCCGAAGAUAACAGAUUGCAAUAAGGUUAAAUUUGUUAUAAUACUUAAAACAAUGCUUUUAAAGCAUAAAUCUAUGUUAAAGCUGCAGUUUUGCCUCUUUGUUGCAUCUAUGUUUGAUAACUUGGAAUUGCAAUCACUUGUGGAAUUAUAUUCCAUGUGCGGGAUUGUACUCCGGCGUAGCUCCAGCACAGAUGAAUCUAUGUUUUAGGGAGUACAUGUAGCUGUUAGUCUUUGCACUUGUGUAAAUCCUUUACUUAGUGAGAUUCUAGCCUACAUAUUGGAAUAUAUGACACAAAUAAGAAUUUUUACCUGAUAUUGUUAUUCUGACUGAGGAAAAAAACAAUACAAUAAAUACUAAUCUAAUUGUCACAUCAAUCAAAUUUCAUAUUAAGAAAUAAUUUUAACCCAAAAAGCAAACUGCUCCCUUUGAACUGGUUGUCUUAAAAAUACAAAUACAAUCUCAGGCUAUCUGUAAUCAAGCACAUUUAAAACUGGAAUAUGAUUUGAUUUAUUUUAAUUCAAUUCACGUGUUUCAUAUAAUCCUUUCUAGAUUACAGUCAGCCAUCAAAGUGAUUUUUUUUUUUUUUACAUUUAAUUAUUCCAGCUGCUGUGAGAAUAGGCUAGAAUUAAACAAUGUGUCACCUGCAGGAUCCUCAGGAAACUGAGAGCAUAGCGUACACUUGCCGGGACAGCUUCUCAUGUUCGCAAAACGUGACAUAAUGACGCAUUGACAUACUUGAAUUUCCCACAAAAACCUACCUGUAUCACCUGUAACAUGAGCAGACCGUUGUGAAGCAGAUAAAGGAAGACGAUAGUUUUGAACACUAGCUCGUUAUGCAUUUUCUCAAAUAUAGAUUUUGGAUCAUUUUUAACCAAAAAACUGACUGCAGCUUUAAUGUUAAUUUAUAUAUGUACAAAAUGCAUUUACAGCAACUCAAGUUGUGGAAUUUAACAAACGUAAAUUACUUUGGAAUAAUAUUUGGAAAUUUACCUAGAUUAAUGAAUGCUGUGAAUGAAUUGCUUCGCAAUGCCUAAUGAAUGAAUUUAACCUUAUUUGAAGGGGUUAACGCAGCUCACACUACACAACUUUUGCCUAGAUUUACAAGGUCUGUGACGAAACCCCUGGAUUGCGGCAAUAUCAGUGCUUGUUGUGGUCGCUGAUGCUCUUUUAAUAUGAGCAGGUGCCCGUUUCAUUAAAUAAGUUUACCAAAAUAGCCAAGCUUAUUUCUGUUUGUCUGACUUAUUUUGAACCAAAUCAACUGACCAUACGUCAGGCUAAAUGAAAAAAGUAUGUUAUUUGGUAAACUUGUUUUUUAUGAAACAGGCCUUGGGUCAGCAUCGUAAUCCGAAUUUAUCUUUAGCAGUCACUGACACUGUAAUAUUUUUAAAACUAUUUGAUAUUAUUGCUACGUGAUCUUUUGCGGGGUGUCUGUGCGAUUCAACGACAAGGUGGAACUAAUCCAGCCAACAAUAUGGUAUAAAAGGAAAAAUCUUGUCACUUGCAUGAACUUGUGUGAAAAUGUUUCUUCGCUGUUGGUCAGGGCCGCCUCUUGACCAAAUUUCUUGUAGUUUGUUGAACCUCAUCAACAUUGUGUUGUGUAGUAUGUGUGCUGCUAUGACAUGACAAGAAACCUUAUGAAAACACAACAGCAGUUCAGACAGUUUUGUAGUGUGAGCUUGCCUCUUGAUCUGAAUGUUUACAAAAAUGUGUCUUGUAAAUGAUGCUGGGAGGCCCUUCUCAACCAUGGAAGUUCAAAACAUUGAUGAUGUUUUAUUUUGGUUUGAUGGAUUCCAGUUUGUACUUAAGGCAUGUGUAGUAGAAGCCAUCUUAAUAUGGUACAAAUUUGAUUUUAAUCUAAAAAUAUGAAAUGUUCAUCAUCACAGUCAUGAUUCUUGAUGUACUUAUGAAGAGAUUAUAAGGUGCUUCAUAUUUUUUAUAGAUAAUUUUCCAGUGAGAUUUUGUCAUCAGAGUGCUUCAGUUUUGUGUAUUCAUAAAUCAUACUGCUGCUGUUUAAGA